UUGUGAAUUUGAUCAUGAAACAAUGUGUUACAUAUCGCAAAUGUCCUUGAUUUAUAUAUUCAGGAGGCAAAACUAGGUACAACUGCACUUUUUCUUUAAGGGGCUUUUCAUUUUCUUUCUCGCGUCUUGUAGUUCCUAGAAGUUGCUCAACUAUGGUCUUUGCCUUUGUUGCGCCUUGAGAGUGGAGUAAUUAGGUUGAAAAGAAGCCACUGAAGGGACUCGCGUGGCUAGGUUGCCUAGCCUCAGGCGCUGAUUGGUCACUUCCCAGGCGCUAAUGAUUCAGGCACACUCCAGGCAGGCUGAUAAGAUAAAAAAAAAAUGCCAAAAAGGGCACACUCUGGCUUGCUCAUCAAAUCCCUAUUGUCUCCGAGUCCUAUAUAACGGGGACACGGGGAGUCGUGUGCCAGACGCACAGCCCUUCACGAGACCGCACUCAACAUAAACUGACAGUUCUGCAUUUUGAAGUAACGGCAAAAAGAAGAGCCAAGGACAAUAUUGAUAAGACUUGUUCGUCCACACGACUCCGAAGCUUUUGUCCUCCACCUCAAGUCUCUUUCAGGAUGUCGCCCAAGACUGGCUGUACUCUAACUGGAGCACGAGACUUCUACUUUGGGAUCUCCAAAGACGAAGGGAGCAUUUUAAGUUUUGAAUCCCCAAGUCCUUCCUGCACCUCUGUGACAAAGUCCUUCCCAGACGAACUGACAGACAGCUUUCAGUCAGGGGACGACCCGGAGGAAACUGGGGAUUCCUCGCCAAGCCAAACUCAGGCACCUCAGGAGAAAAGACCAAAAACCAAAAGAGGAAGAUCGAAAGUGAAAUGUGAGGGCUUGGUAACAAAACAGAAGAAAAACCGCAGAGUGAAAGCUAAUGACAGGGAAAGGAAUCGUAUGCAUAACUUGAACUCUGCCUUGGAUGCACUGAGAAGCGUUCUACCAACGUUCCCAGACGAUGCCAAACUCACUAAGAUUGAAACCCUGAGAUUCGCUCAUAACUACAUUUGGGCUCUCACCGAAACACUGAGGAUGGCGGACCAGUGUCGCCUGAUUCCAAACCACCACGAGGACAGAGAAUCCUUCUUUCAUAUUCCAAGCUCUUGCAUGAUGGACCUGGCCAGCCCGACCAGUGUUUGCUCUUCUGAGUGGGACUCCUCAACAUACUCGCCAUCCUCUCAUGACGCCGAUGGCCACAGCCCCGACAUAUUGGUCGAAGAGGGGUUUUCUUGCUACUCGAGUAAGAUCAAUUGUAAUGCCAACAUGCACAACAGUCAGACAAUGCAUAGCUCCUCUUUCCCAGUUUAUAUUUAACAUGGAAUCUCCUGUAAAAGAAAAUAUACUCUCGCGAUCCUUCUGCUUUAGAAUUCGUCGUGGGAAACCUAUACGAAGUAUAAAGAAAAUACGACCGGUGUAUCUGCAGGUUCUAAUCAGAAAACUAUUGUAUUUUGUGAUGAGGAGUGUUUUCUAAAAGUAGUAUAUACUGUAUAUUUGUAUAUUAUUUUUUACCAGUCUUAUUUCAGUUCACUUUGCCUUAAACCUUGAAGCUGUAGUCUUCUAACAAAAUGCACUUUUAAAUGUUUGUUUUAAUAGCAGUGCUAUGGCAACAUUAAGGAAGCA